AACCCUUGUAUGAGACGCCGACUCACUUUCCCAAUCUCGUUUCGCGUUCUAGGGCUUCUUCCUCUCCCCUCCCCUCCCUCUCGUCGUGGCGCUCAUGGCGCUCGAUUCUUACGUUUUCGACCUCGAUCCAAGGGGUCCUUUUCCUUCUCUACGCUAGGGCUAGUCUCAGUUUCUCGUCGUCGAUCUAGAUUCUAAACUCUCCGCUGCUCUCGUCGAGGCCUUCGUCGCCGACGAAGUCAAGAUCGGCUGUGCUAUCGCUGAUCCUUACAUGGAGGUGGGCAGUUCGCAUGGACCGGUAGAUGGAAACAAGGCAGCGACUGAUGGACAUGGUUUUGGAUGCGGAUUUGGUGAAUCAAGGGUUUUCAAGGAGAUCGAAUCGGUGGAGCUUAAGGAAGAGGCUUAUGGUUUGGUUUUAGACCGCGGCGAGGCGGGUUUCUCUGGAUCUUCCAAGGACGCUCACGGAGACGUAGUGAUGGAUCCAGAAAGUGUGGGUUUCGACGAUGACAGUGCCUCUGAAGAGGUUGUAGUUUCAGAUGGGGUGAAGAUGCCGCACAGGGCGGUUGGAAACUGGAUGAAUGGGUUCGAUCUGGGCGACAUGGUUUGGGGAAAGGUGAAAUCACAUCCAUGGUGGCCUGGUUACUUGUUCAAUGAGGCUUUUGCUUCGCCUUCUGUUCGAAGGGCGAGAAGGGAUGGUCAUGUUUUGGUAGCCUUCUUUGGUGAUAGCAGCUACGGAUGGUUUGACCCUGCUGAGCUCGUCCCGUUUGCCCCCCACUAUGAGGAGAAGUCUAAACAGACCACCUUGCGGCCAUUUGUUAAGGCAGUUGAAGAGGCAGCCGAUGAAGCAAGCCGCAGGGAGGCUCUUGGUCUGGCUUGCUACUGCCGGAAUAAAUCCAACUUUGGUUCAGCACAUGUCCCGGGAUAUUUUCUUGUUGAUGUCCCAGGAUUCGAACCAUGGGGCUUUUACUCAUCAAAGCAGAUCGAGGAUGCGCGGAAAAACUUCGUGCCUGAGCAAUCUGUCUUCUUUCUAAAGCAGUUGGCCUUAUGUCCACUGAAAGAGAGUUUUCCUGCUAUAGAUCAGAUUAAGAACGUGGCAAAGAUGCUUGCUUACCGCCGUGCCGUCUUCGAAGAAUUUGACGAGACAUAUGCUCAAGCAUUCGGUGUCGAGCCAGUACGGCCAUCUCUGACUGGGUCUAUGUUAAAUCAUCCUGAAAGAUUUACCCCCCGAGCGGCGCCUCUAAGCGGGCAACUGGUGAUGCCCGAGUCCCUCCGGCAGAAGAAAAGCUCCGUCCAUAAGCUAGCUUCCGCACCCAAAGUGCCCAAACCUCCAUCUGCGAAGAAGAACAAAUACGUGCUGAAGCGGAGGGACGAACAAUUCUCCAUCACCGCCCCUGUCGCUGGUCCUCCAUUGCUGGACUUCACCUCCCGUACCGAAUCCUAUCGUACCUUCUACAACCUCUUCCCCACUGCUCAGCAGCCCCCUGCCCAACCAAGUCUCACCUUCCAGGAUGCCUCAGUGCACGGUGACUACGUGCUCCAGAGGAGGGAACCUUCCAUUAUCGUCGACGACAUCUUCGACGACAAGCUGCCGCAAGGUUCACCCGGCCUGCAUGCUCAGGGGAAACCUCACCUGGUCUCAGAGCAGAGACCGGACGCAUCGGUGGUGGAUGUUCCCGUUGUUAUUAGUCCUCGACAGGCGCCGCAGAUGAGCGUGAUUGAGUUCCGGAAGCUGGACCCUGUUGUCUCCGAUGUAGCUGCUGAUGCGAAGCCGAACGACGCUGGCGACGUCGUCGUCGUGGGUGGAAUCCCAAAGGUGAAGAAGAUCAAAAAGCGCCUGCGCGAUGUUGCUAGCUCCGACCCAACAGAUCUUGCUGUAAAUGUUAAGAAGAAGAUAAAAAGGAAGAGCAGGGAACAGAGCGACGGGGCUGGCUUGAUACCUGACCAUGUAAGGAUGGCGAAAGAUGACGAUACUCAUAGAAAAUCUGCCUCGGGAUUACUUAGCAUUGGGCCGGAGCCGUCCAAGAGAGCCUAUGGAGUCGAGAGUGCGACCGUAUCCUUCCCCUUCGCCUUUCAGCUUCCCGAGAUUGACUUGAGCUCCCGCAACCUGCAGCUACCCGAGCUGGUGGCCGACCUGCAUGAACUAGCACUCGACCCUUUCUACGGCAUCGACCGCGAUGCUCCGGUUGUUGCGCUCCAUGUAUUCCUUAAGUUCCGAUCGAUGGUCUACCAGAAAAGCUUGUCCCUUUCGCUCCACACUGAAGCUGAAGUCGCGGAGAUUCAAACGGACACACCUCCUCAGCAGCAGCAGGAGCCUCUUGUAGUUGUUGGGACGGCGGAGAUUGCUCCAGCGAAAAUAGCGAAGGAGGGCAGGGAGGGAACUGCCACUGCGAAGCCACCGAAGCCAGGAUUUAGGCCCGAUGAUCCGGUAGUCGCUGGACGGAAACGCAUUCCAUCUGAUCUCCAAGAGGAUAUGGGCGCAAAGAGGCAAAAGAAACUGGUCAAAGUCAAAGCCGCCUUGGCCAGUGAAAAGAAAUCGGCGAUCAGUCAGAAGCGUAACCAGAAGGAAGCCGGCAGUGCCUCCACGGCGACACCUACAGCAGCCGCAACGCCGUCAGCAAUGCCGAUUGUGCCAGCGAAGCCCAGCAACACCAAAUCCGUGGAGCCCCUCAAGAAGAAAGAACCUCCCCCGCCUCGAGUUCCCUGUCCAACUGCGCUCGUGAUGAAGUUCCCACCCCGGACGACGCUGCCGUCCAUUGCCUCUUUAAAAGCAAGGUUUGCCCGGUUCGGCCCGCUCGAUCUCUCCGGCACCCGCGUGUACUGGAAAUCCAACACCUGCAAGGUGGUGUACAAGUUCAAGCCCGACGCGGAGGCAGCCCUCAACUACGUACGCGUUAACGAAAUUUUUGGCCAGGUCAAAGUGCACUUCUAUCUCCGCGACGCUGACGCACCGGUGCCGGAGCAGUCCGCUGAUGCCGGAGGUCAGAAGCAAGAGUCACGGCCUUCUGAAGGCGUCCAGUUCCGACCCGGGAAUGGCUCAAGCACCGCUUUGAGGUCGCUACGUAAUCCAAACCAGAAGCCAGGACAGCUGAAAUCCAUCCUGAAGAAGCCCGGUGACGACGUUGGCCCUAGCAGCAGUCGAGAGGCACCCCGCGUAAAAUUCAUGUUGGACAAUGUGGACGGGAAGCCAGUGAUGUCGCCGGCGAUUGCAGGAAGCAGCAGCAGUCGUAGCGAUGUCGAAGCACCGCCCCUCUCCCUUCUUCCUUCAGAUUCUGUCAUCAAUAAGACCACAAAGUCUGGUGCUUUACUCCCGCCGCCGCCGCCACUGCCACUGUCUGCGCUUCAUUCCUAUCCUUCAAGGACUGUGGAUAACUCUGCUUACAUCCCCCCACCGCCGGUGACUCCAGUCUCAUCUACUCCGCUUCCACCGCGACCAUUGCACUGGGCGGCGGCGGAUCGGGUGACUCCGCCGCUGUCUUCCCUCCGCGGGCUUCCAUCUGGCGCGGCCCAGCCGCACAAUUAUAUGCAGCAUGGCGACGUCGAAGGAAGGCGCAUGGGGAACAAGGACUUAGCGAACCAAAUGCUGAGCCUUAUGAUUAGGUGCAGUGACAUAGUGAGCAGUGUCAAAUCGUCGCUAGGAUACGUUCCAUACCAUCCACUGUAAGAGGGAGCCGAGUCGAUCAUCCUGAUGAGCUCAAUUCUCCUCAUCGUCGCGUCCUGAAUUUAGUGAAUGAGGACGAUGCAAUUGUAAUAGGAACAGAACUGAAGGUCGUUGCUGUUUCCAUGUCACCUGUGUUUGAUAAUUUGCUUCUGUACUUCUACAAAACAUUAAGCUUCAAUUCCAUGAUGCUGCUUGAUUGCCUCGCCUA